AUGUCUAUGGAAGGUUCCAGUCGUGUUUAUCUCUUUGGAGAUCAGACUGCGGAUUUCGACACCGGCCUUCGUCGCCUGUUGCACGCCAAAAAUGACUCGUUGUUGGUAGCGUUCUUUCAAAAGUCUUACUAUGCACUGCGCAAAGAGAUAACCUCGCUUCCUCCAUCCGAAAGAGAAGGUUUCCCACGAUUCACUAGCAUUGUCGACCUUCUCGCAAGAUAUCGCGAAUCGGGGCCCAACCCGGCGCUGGAGAGUGCCUUGACGACAAUCUACCAACUCGGAAGUUUCAUCCAUCACUACGGUGAUUUGGGCCAUGCCUACCCGCAUGGCGAUGAAAACCUCAUCGUUGGUCUUUGCACUGGCCAACUUGCAGCUGCUGCAGUUAGCGCUUCCAGAACUGUCGGAGAGCUCAUUCCCGUCGGUGUUGAGACUGUGGUUCUUGCCUUGAGACUUGGAACAUGUGUCCUGAAAGUGCAGGAGCUUGUGGAACCAAGCAAAACUGCCUCCAGCUGGUCUGUGUUGGUUUCUGGUAUGCGCGAGAGCGAAGCACAAGAAUCAAUUCAAGAUUUCGCAAAGAAGAACCUUUUGCCUCGUGUUUCGCAGCCUUACGUUAGCGCUGUCAGCCCUAACGGACUGACUAUCAGUGGCCCUCCAAUCUUCCUGGGCCGUUUCCUUGAAGCCUCCCUUUCAAAGGAAAACAAGCCUAUCAGAGCACCCAUCCAUGGCCCAUAUCAUGCCUCACAUCUCUAUGAUGAUAAAGAUGUCAGCCGGAUUAUGGAGUCCUGGCCCAGUGAGCAAUUUGAAAGCUACGUGCCACAAAUCCCCGUGCUCUCAAGUGAGACCGGCAAAACCAUCGAAGCAGCGAGCCUUGAGGAGUUGUUGAAGGUUGUACUCAGAGAAAUCCUUCAGCGUCAGCUCUGCUGGGACAAGGUCAUUGAAUCAUGCCACUCAACUCUGGAAGACACCGCCAAAUGUAUCAUCUCGCCGAUCUCGAGCACAGCAACCCAGAGCCUUUUCAGUGCACUGAAGAAAGCCAACACCUUCAGCCUUGAGGUGGACAGCUCAAUCGGAGAUGUGCAGCUGGAGCCCGAAGCCAACAACCGCACCGGUCGCUCUGAGCAGUCCAAGAUUGCCAUUAUUGGUCUCUCAGGAAGAUUCCCCGAGGCCCCCGAUACCGAAGCCUUCUGGGAUCUCCUGAAGAAGGGUCUUGAUGUCCACCGUGAAGUUCCUCCCGAGCGUUGGGACGUGAAGGCUCACGUUGAUAUGGACGGAAAGACAAGAAACACCAGCCAAGUCCAGUAUGGAUGUUGGUACAACGACGCUGGAAUGUUUGACCCUCGGUUCUUCAAUAUGUCGCCCCGUGAAGCGCUCCAGGCCGACCCGGCUCAGCGUCUGGCUCUGCUCACCGCAUACGAGGCCUUGGAGAUGUCAGGUUUCAUUCCCAACAGCACUCCAUCUACACAGAAGAACCGUGUGGGUGUUUUCUAUGGCAUGACCAGUGAUGAUUAUCGUGAGAUCAACAGUGGUCAGGACAUUGAUACUUAUUUCAUUCCUGGCGGUAACCGUGCAUUCACACCCGGUCGCAUCAACUACUACUUCAAAUUCAGUGGCCCUAGUGUGAGUGUGGACACCGCUUGUUCUUCCAGUCUUGCAGCAAUUCAUGUUGCUUGCAACUCACUGUGGAAGAACGACUGCGACUCAGCUGUGGCUGGUGGUGUCAACAUCUUGACCAACCCUGAUAACCACGCUGGUCUCGACCGUGGUCAUUUCCUUUCCCGGACUGGAAACUGCACCACCUUCGAUGAUGGCGCGGAUGGAUACUGCAGAGCAGACGGAAUUGGAUCUGUUGUGUUGAAAAGACUCGAGGAUGCUCAGGCCGACAAUGACCCCAUCUACGGUAUCGUUGGCGGCGCCUAUACCAACCACUCAGCUGAGGCUGUUUCGAUCACUCGGCCCCAUGUUGGAGCUCAGUCCUUCAUUUUCGACAAGCUCCUCAACGAGUCCAACACCGACCCCAAAGAGAUCAGCUACAUUGAAAUGCACGGUACUGGCACCCAAGCGGGCGAUGCAGUGGAGAUGCAAUCUGUUCUCGAUGUUUUCGCUCCGGACUAUCGUCGUGGACCAGCCCAAUCCCUCCACCUUGGCUCAGCCAAGGCAAAUGUUGGCCAUGGAGAGUCUGCAUCUGGUGUCACAGCGUUGAUCAAAGUUUUGAUGAUGAUGCGGAAGAACAUGAUUCCUCCUCACUGCGGCAUCAAGACUAAGAUCAACCAAGGUUUCCCGACUGACUUCCCUCAGCGCAACGUGCAUAUCGCUAUGCAGCCUACCCCAUGGAACAGACCCGCCGGUGGCAAAAGAAAGACUUUCGUUAACAACUUCUCAGCCGCUGGUGGUAACACUGCUCUGCUGGUCGAGGAUGGACUCCUUGAGGAGAAGACCGUGCAAGACUCUCGGUCUGUUCACCCCGUACUCGUCUCUGCCAGAUCACAGUCGGCCUUGAAGAACAAUAUUUCUGCUCUUGUUCAGUACAUUGACACGAACAAGAACCUGUUCAACGUCCGGGAAUCCAGUCUGCUGGCAGAUUUAUCAUACACCACCACGGCCAGACGUAUCCACCACCCCUUCAGAGUUGCUGUCACUGGUUCAACUUUGGAUGAGGUCCGGAGUGCACUAGCACCCAUCGUCAACCGUGACAGUAUUUCCCCAUCCCCCGCUAUUGCCCCCGGUAUUGGAUUCGUCUUCACCGGACAGGGUGCUCAGUAUGCAGGAAUGGGCCACCAAUUGUUCGAGAGCUGCUCCCAGUUCCGCACUCACAUUGAGCACUUGGACCGCAUCGGACAGAGCCAGGGCUUUCCAUCCAUCAUUUCUUUGAUUGAUGGAAGUGUCCCAAUCGAGGAACACAGCCCAGUCGUGACUCAGCUUGGAACUACCUGUGUUCAGAUGGCAUUGACCAAGUACUGGAUUUCUCUUGGCGUUGCUCCCAGCUUUGUUCUUGGCCACAGCCUUGGUGAGUAUGCUGCAAUGAACGCUGCCGGCAUUCUUACGACCAGUGACACGAUCUACUUGACUGGACGUCGUGCUCAGCUCCUCACUGAGCAGUGCAAGGUUGGAACACAUGCUAUGCUUGCAGUCAAGUCUUCCGUGGCUCAGGUCAAGCAAUUCCUUGAUGAUGCUUCCGAAGUUGCUUGCAUCAAUGCCCCCAGCGAGACUGUCAUUAGCGGUGCUAGUGAGAAGAUUGACCAGCUUGCUCAAACUCUUGCGAACGAAGGGUUCAAGGCCACGAAAUUGAAGGUCCCCUUCGCUUUCCACUCUGCUCAGGUUGAGCCUAUCCUUGAGAGCCUUGCUGAGAUUGCCAAGGGACUCACCUUCAACGAGCCCUCCAUUCCCUUCGUGUCGGCUCUUCUCGGCGACGUCAUCAAGAACACCAACAGCGACGUGCUUGGCCCUGAAUACCUGACUCGACACUGCCGCGAGACUGUCAACUUCUUGGGGGCCCUCGAGGCUACUCGCCACUCCAACUUGAUGAAUGACAAGACUCUGUGGGUUGAAGUUGGCUCGCACACCGUCUGCUCGGGAAUGAUCAAGGCCACUUUCGGUCCUCAGGCAACCACACUGGCAUCCCUACGCCGCCAGGAAGACACUUGGAAAGUUCUAUCGAGCAGUCUUUCAUCCCUUUACCUGUCUGGUAUUGACCUUUGCUGGAGGGAGUAUCACCAGGACUUCGCAGCUGCUCACAGUGUUCUCCCAUUGCCUUCUUACAAGUGGGAUCUCAAGAACUAUUGGAUUCCUUACACCAACAACUUCUGUCUUCUCAAGGGCGCCCCAGCUGCACCUGCCAAGGAAGACGCUCCUGUUUCGACCUUCCUGUCUACGGCAGCUCAAAGAGUUCUGGAGACCACCGGUGACAGCUCAUCGGCAAUGGUCGUCAUUGAGAACGACAUUGCUGACCCUGAAUUGAACCGCGUCAUCGCCGGCCACAAGGUCAAUGGAGCCUGUCUCACCCCAUCGUCCUUGUAUGCCGACAUUGCCCAGACACUGGGUGAAUACCUCGUCCAAAACUACAAGCCCGAGUGGAAGGAUCGCGGGUUUGAUGUUUGCAAUGUCGUUGUCCCCAAGCCUUUGAUCGCGAAGGGCGGCAAGCAACUGUUCCGAGUUUCAGCCACCGCAAACUGGGCGGAUGAAAAUGCCAAGGUCCAGGUCUGGUCAGUGACGCCGGAGGGGAAGAAGAUUCUUGACCAUGCGACCUGCACAAUCAAGUUCUUCGAGCCCGGCAACUACGAGCUCGAGUGGAAGCGCAGCUCAUACCUCAUCAAGAGAAGCAUCGAGCAUCUGCAAGAGAGCACGAUCUCUGGUCAAGCUCACCGCAUGAAGCGGGGAAUGGUCUACAAACUCUUUGCUUCCCUGGUUGAUUACGAUGAGAACUACAAGUCCAUUCGCGAAGUCAUUCUUGACAGCGAGCAGCACGAAGCUACUGCUCUCGUCAAGUUUGAGGCUCCUCGUGGAAACUUCCACCGCAAUCCGUUCUGGAUCGACAGUAUCGGUCACUUAUCUGGCUUCAUUAUGAACGCCAGUGAUAACACCGACUCUAAGAACCAAGUCUUCGUCAACCACGGAUGGGACUCGAUGCGCUGUCUCAAGAAGUUCGACCCCUCUGUUACUUACCGGACUUACGUGAGAAUGCAGCCCUGGAAAGACUCCAUCUGGGCAGGUGAUGUCUACAUGUUCGAUGGUGACGAUAUUGUCGCUGUGUAUGGUGGUGUCAAGUUCCAAGCACUGGCCCGCAAGAUCCUUGAUAUGGCUCUUCCUCCCGCUGGAGCUGCUGCUGCUUCAAAGCCAGCGGCUAAGCGUGCUGCUCCUGCUCCUAUCAACGUUCAGAAGGCGCAAAAGGAUGUUGGAAAGAAGGGUUCCACACCCAAGUCAUCAGCACCGAGUCUCGCCUCGCGCGCUCUUGCAAUCCUUGCCGAGGAGGUUGGGCUUUCAGCAUCUGAGAUGACAGAUGAUCUGAACUUCGCUGAUUACGGAGUGGACUCCCUUCUCUCGCUGACUGUCACUGGCCGAUACCGCGAGGAAAUGGAGCUUGACCUUGACUCUUCCGUCUUUGUCGACCAGCCAACUGUUUCAGACUUCAAGCGUCUUCUCGCCCAGAUGAGCCCCACCGAGAGCACUGACGGAUCGAGCAGCGAGGGUGACAUGUCCUCUGCUGCAUCCUCUACAGAUAUCUCCUCUCCUAACUCCAGUGGUAUCCCGACUCCCACACACGAGAAGACAAUGACCCACGCAGGACAGGAACAAAAUGACACCAUGAAACACAUCACCUCGAUCCUGGCCGAGGAGAUUGGUGUCGCGCCUGAGGAGCUAGUUGGAGAUGCCAAUCUUGGUGAGAUGGGUCUGGACUCGCUCAUGUCCCUCACGGUCCUUGGUAAAAUCCGCGAGGAGUUGGACAUGGACCUCUCUGGGGAGUUCUUCAUCGAGAACCAAACACUCGAUGAAAUCGAAACUACCCUUGAUCUGAAGCCCAAGGCCAAGUCUGUCCCUGCUGAGCCGAUCAAUUUCCCCGAGCAGAUUACCGUUCAAGCUCCCAAGGCCCCUUCGAGCACUUCCGUUCAGCACCCACCAGCGACCUCCAUCCUCCUGCAAGGAAACCCCAAGACAGCAACCCAGAAGUUGUUCUUGUUCCCAGAUGGAUCCGGCUCGGCUACUUCCUACGCCACCAUCCCUGGUGUUUCCCCCGACGUGUGUGUCUACGGACUUAACUGCCCGUACAUGCGUACCCCGGAGAACCUCAAGUUCAGCCUCGACGAGUUGACCGCUCCAUACGUUGCUGAGAUUCGCCGUCGCCAGCCAACAGGCCCUUACAACUUCGGCGGCUGGUCUGCCGGUGGUAUCUGCGCUUACGACGCCGCGCGCCAGCUGAUCUUCGAAGAGGGCGAGCGAGUCGAGCGCCUGCUCCUCCUGGACUCACCGUUCCCUAUUGGACUGGAGAAGCUUCCUCCUCGUCUUUACAGCUUCUUCGACACGAUCGGUCUGUUCGGUGAAGGCAAAGCGCCCCCACCCAAGUGGCUGCUGCCUCACUUCUUGGCUUUCAUUGACUCCUUGGACGCUUACAAGGCUGUGCCAUUCCCUUACUCGGAUCCCAAGCUGGCUGAAAAGCUCCCCAAGACAUUCCUCGUCUGGGCUAAGGAUGGUGUCUGCUCUAAGCCUGGUGAUGCCCGCCCCGCGCCUGCUUCUGAUGGCAGCGCGGACCCCCGAGAGAUGCUAUGGCUGUUGAACAACCGUACUGAUCUCGGACCAAAUGGUUGGGAUACCCUUGUGGGCCCCAAGCACGUCGGUGGCAUCACUGUCAUGGAGGGUGCCAACCACUUUACCAUGACGCGAGGCGAGAAGGCUAAAGAGCUGGCUGCAUUCAUUGCCAAGUCUAUGGCCUCUGUGUAA